AUGAACGAGAGACUUGGUCGAAAAGACUCAGGGGAUCAUAUUGUCGCUCGGUACCACGGGUCUUAUGGUACAUCCUCCAUUCUGCCGUCCGAUUAUAAUGAUAACAGUGUGGGAUGUAAUAUGUUUGUUUUGGACGCAUUACAUCAUGAAGAUCACAAAGACGGCCUCCUUCGAGAGGAUUGUAUUCAAAAGCAAGAUAAGAUUCCUUGGCUUUAUGUUGAAGGUCCUGGCCCAACAAGUCAUUAUGAUGGAACCGAACCUGAUAAGCCGCCCAUCAACGCUGAAUUUAACGAUUUCGGUAAAAAAAUGGAAGACCGCAAUGUUCAUGUUCGGAUCGUCAAUCCGCAGUGGACCAUACGAAACAGAAACGAAAGAGAUCAACAGAUUAAUAGCGACAUCAAGAGUAGAGACGAUGUCGGCGAUCAAAUGGUGCAGUUUGAAUGUUCGGGAAAUAUACGAGAACUUAUCCCAAAUUUGGGGCCACUGCUCAGAGUCGGUACCUUUGAGGGCUCUACAUGGACUAAUAAGAACCCGAAAACACCAUGUCAUGUUGUUUACCCGCACAGUGUCGUUAAAGACUCCGGAUCUAAAAAUAAAACCUCCAUGUGCUCUGUGCAAACAUGUAAUAUCAACAAUGAUACGAAUGGGCUUAGUAGAAAAAGCCAUCCCAUGGUAGUUGACACAAUUACCAAACCAAACCGUAACUCCGUAGCAACCUCAAUUAGAUAUAAGCUCGAAGUUCAAGAUCAAGACGAUGAUAUCGGCUAUGUGAAAGGACUCGAUGGUUAUAUUGAAGAAGUUGGGUAUUACGGAUUUGAACAUAUCAUUGUCAUUGGGGAGCGCUACGAUGGAAUUCUUUUUAUGGAUUGCUUCGGCCGCUUGUUUGACUUGGAUGCUAUGAGCGGCUUGUUAUGGUUACGUGGUGAUUAUAAUAAAAUAGCGGAAAGAAAGGCAAAGGGGCUUGUAAAUGACCCGGGAGCGUCAUGGAUUUUUGUAGUAUCCGAAGGAAUUGUUGUUGAAGUUACGAGUGAUGUACCAUAUGGUCAACUUGGCAUUAUUGAAAAAACCAAAAAGAACAAAAAGAACCGAAAAAAAAAAAAGAUAAAAGAACCUUCAUCACUGAUUUGGAUUUCUUGA